AUGUCCAUUGCAGUCCUGCCCGUCGAAUUGAUCUCAAAAAUAUGUAACCAUCUGGAUUACCAGCAAUUGGUCGCUCUGAGGUUAUCAUGUCGCGCAUUGUACCAAAACUCACUGGAGAAUUUUGGGAAGACCUAUUUCCGAAAAAUUCGUUUCAUUGUGACAAGUGAAGGUCUCCACGAACUGGAAGCACUAUCCAAGUCAAAUGGUCUCCGCGAGCACGUUCAAGAGCUAUGGAUGAUUCCUGUGGUGUUCGAUGGCGCUGAAGGGUCCCUCGGCAUGAUAUCUAUAUCGUCAAAAAGCUGCCGGCAGGUCAAAGGCGACGAGCUGGAAAGCCGGCGUGCUGUCCAAAAAGACAUGCUUGCGGACAAUCGCAACCUGCUGGAAUCAGAAACGUUCAGUCUUCGACUUCGGGAAUGUAUGGAUCGAUUCAAGAACAUCCAAACAAUCGGACUCGCACAUUACAGAACGGAAUUUUUGCUUGACCCCCGACAGCAGACAGUUCCAUUCCUCGGAAGGCGACAGAUGAUGAGCCGCAUCGACUUUCGAUUCGAUGUUUACAGCCUGCAAGAGUCUACGCGCACCCACCAGGAUAGUCAGAUACGGAAACUGAACUCCUUGGCGUUAUCAAAGCUUUUUCUUGCGUUAUGUGGCUCAAGCUGCAGACCCCGAAAGCUAUCCACUUGCGAUUCUAAAUUCUGCUGUGAUAUCGGCCCCAGGAUUGCCCUCUCCGAAGAGCAAUUUGAUUCUCUACUGUCUACUUUAGAAGACCUCGAGGAUCUUCAUUUAUGCAUCGAUCUCGAUGAGGCGGCUUGGCUGAAGCUUUUCAGGAAGAUUGCACCUCAACUGGAAGUACUGACCCUGUCGCAACAUCAUAUGCCUUUUGAUCUUGUUCAAGAUGACAUGCAUGCCUAUCCGGCUAAAAGCUACGUUGGAAACAUGUUCCAUGACAUUAGCUUCACUCGACUCCGAAACCUUCAUAUAAAGAAGCUUGAUAUCGAUUUCAGCUCUUUGAGAUCACUUUUGCUCAGUGUCAAGAAAGGUCUGGUCACUCUUACAGUCAAACGGGUUAGAAUGCGCAGCGAGGAGUCAGGAGCCACAGAAAAUCCUCGAUCACAAGAUGCUGAGUCCCCUGACCGCCAGGAAAAUGAAAGAUCUGUCCGAUAUACAUCGCCAUUAUAUCAACCCACAGUGCCAUCCCACCAACCAACCUCGCCAUACGAUGAACCUACAGUGCCACCAUACCAACCAACCUCGCCAUACGAUGGACCUACCGUGCCACCAUACCAACCAACUUCGCCAUACGAUGGACCUUCAGUCCGAUUAUAUCAACCAAACUUGCAAUCAUAUGGACCUACAGUCCCAUCAUUUCAACCAACACCGCCAUCAUUUUCAACAUCUUCACCGUAUAGACCGACUGUAUCCCCACAAGAAUAUGGACCAGCCCCUCUAUCAGUCCUACCAGCAUCAGAAACAGCAUCAGCCGAAAGUGCACCCCAAUCACCCCAGCAUUCCUCGGCUUCCGAUUCCUCUGAGGCGUCGACAGAAGAAUAUUGGAGCAGAAAGUGGAUGUCUACAUAUCACCCAUAUGAGCCAUCCGAAACAGCUGGAGGUUUUGUCUGUCCCACCCGGGAAACCGUAAUGGCAUGGAAACGCAACGAAGAAAAGAUCACUUCUGUGCCCAGCUUUUUGAAAUUUUUACGGAACGAGUUAUCUCUAGAAACACUCUCCCUGGAAGAUAUUAUCUGUGACGACAAUUAUUACGAUUUCGAAAGAAUCGACAGUGCAGAUAAACAAAGGGGCAAAGUGGAUUUUGACAUUCACAAAGCCAAUAUUUCGUUGAAGGAUUGGAUUUCCCGGUUAAGGCCAAUUGCUAGCUGCCCGGCCGAUCGCAUUAUUAACCGCAAGGAAGACAAAGGUUAG